AUGGCGGAAGCUCAAGCUGGCAACCGACGAAAGAAGUCCAGUGAUGAGGGGAUUCCAUGGGCCAUGAUCCUGAUCCUCCUGCUGCUGCUGGGCUUCUGCUACCAGAUUCUCCAACAGGAAGCAACGAAGACAGAAGUGACCAUUCUGCUGACAGGUCUGGUCACCUCCAUCUUUGGCCCAGCGGAGUCCAGAAAUGCCCUGCCGCAGGGCCCUCCAGUGCUGCCGAGAGACGUUUAUGUCUUGGUGUUCUUUGUCCUGGCCAUCUUUUUGAUGAACUGGACUCUGCGGCUUGCAGUGGUUGAGCCAUUCGCUCGACUGGCCGUGGGCAUCCGCGGGGACACGCUAGUAAAAUUCUCGCAGUCUGUCCUGGAGGCAAUAAUAUACGGCACCUUCGCCAUCAUUGGAAUCUCCAUUGUCCCAGCACAGCCUUGGUCUUGGCCCUCGGCCAAUUGGUGGCGGGGCUUCGACAGCGGGGAGCACUUGAUCAUGCGGUCUGACUUGCGCUGCUUCUACAUCCUCUACGGGGCCCGCUACAUCCAGGCUGCAGUCACAGUCCUCCUGGAGCCCAAGAGAAAAGACUUCCUGGAGAUGAUGGUGCACCACAUCGUCACGAUUGGCGUUGUGUAUGUGUCAUACCUCGGCGGCUACAAUCGUGUUGGCGUAGUGGUCAUGGUCCUUCUGGACCCCGCUGACGUACCACUUCACUUGGCGAAACUUUGCAAGUACACAGCAGAACAGCUCAAGAUGAACAUUUGGCAGUUCGUUGCAGACCGGCUGUUUGAGUUCUUUGCAGUCUUGUUCGCUGUCACCCGCCUCAUUAUGUUCGGGCCGCGCAGCAGCAAAAUGCAGCAACCGUACCAGAAGCAACUGCUGUCUGCAGAUUUCAAUCCAGUCCAUGCUGCACCGUGCCGGACUAGGGUUCAGUCCGAGGUACGUCUGCUGGCCGCAUCCCUGGCAUGCCUGAUGCCUGCGCAGAGCCAUUCCAUGUGGGCAUGA